AGAUGCUACUAACCAGUGUUAGAUAUAAACACGUCCCUUAGUGUUCGCUUCGCUGACAGACGUCCUAGACAUACUGACCAGAUGGCACUAAGGCAAGCCGAAAAUCCACUUCAAGAAAAGCCUAAAUUCGCCGAACUAAAUAAUCUGAUAUCGGAAAAGUUGGGGGGAAGAAUCUUAUUCGCCACCGAUGACUGGUUCGCCGUAGCAGAAAACAUCCUGAAGGAAAGUGAUGCGGAAUGGCGGGAAGGCGUCUUCACAGAAUGCGGGAAAUGGAUGGACGGGUGGGAAACCAGGAGAAAGCGCAUCCCAGGUCAUGACUGGUGUAUUAUCAAGCUGGGUGUGCCGGGAGUGAUCGAGGGAAUCGACGCGGACACCUCUUAUUUUACUGGAAAUUUCGUCCCAAGGGUUUCCGUGCAGGCAGCGGUCUUGACGUCGCAAGAAGAAUCAAGUAUACCCGAGAGGAGAAGCGAAAUGGGCUCCGCUGCUUGUGAAGAUGUCAUGGCAAAGGUCCACCAGCUUAAAUCUGAGGAGUGGGAGUUCAUCGUUCCCCUGACAGAGGCGAGACCUGGGUACCGAGACACCUGCCACACCUAUAUUCCGACAACGAGCAGGAAAAGGUGGACCCAUAUCCGACUGAACAUCUACCCUGACGGAGGCAUUGCCAGGCUUCGCGUUUUUGGCUCGGCCACUCCGAACUGGAGCCAGAUCAGUCCUAAGCAGCUACUAGAUCUAGCGGCCGUGAGCAACGGCGGAGUGUGCCUGGAGUACAGCGACGCCCACUACGGCCAUCCCCGAAACCUCAUCAGCCCUGGCAGGGGCGUGAACAUGGGCGACGGGUGGGAGACAGCUCGAAGACUCGACAGACCUCCCGUCCUCGUAGCUGAUGCAAAUGGAGUGCUUCAAGUUUCUGGCUACGAGUGGACAGUUCUGCGCCUCGGUCACCCCGGCAGAAUAACUAACAUUGAGAUUGACACGAACCACUUCAAGGGCAAUUUCCCAGACUCAUGCAGGAUAGAUGGAGCACUCAUAGACAACCAACGCUCUUCCAUAGACAACUUGGGCACCUCCAGCAUUUGGAAGACACUGCUACCGGCGCAGAAGAUGAAGGCCCACAUGCGUCACUUCUACGAGAGGGAGAUAGUCCACAAACAUCCAGUAUCUCACGUCCGCAUCGUUAUGGCUCCAGACGGUGGAAUCAGUCGAGUGAGGCUCGUUGGUUAUGUUCACAAAGUCACGUCAAACCUUUAAAACGUAUUUUUCAUCAGUCUGGGCAUUACGUUAACUAAAGAAUAUAUUCUUAAUUCAAAAUGUUGUACUGAUUAAGUGGUUCCUUAUCUGUAGUGAUGCAUCUUGCCGAACUUCUUUAUGGUGGAUUAUAGCGUCUUCUUGAGGUUUUGGGUAAACUCAGUUGAAAUGCUACGUGGAAUCUAUGUGAAUUUUCAUAAUUUGGGUAAUUAAUCAUGGUAACAAGGACAGUUUGUGGGUUUGUUCACUAACAAAGAACUAACUGAUUGGCAUAUGGAAAUAUUGUAGGCUUCUUUUUGUUUCAUCGUUAUUUGUUGAUAUGUUGUACAUCACUGAAAUAAACUUUACUUUGUUGUAAGAA